AUGGCAUCAUCCAUAGCAUCAACCUCCUCUCGCCAGCCUCGCAUGCGCUCCUUAAACGCACAACCAACAGCGUCUUCGUCGCGCGCAAGCAAUCGCCCCGCAACGCCAGAAUACGAACCGCUCUCCAUGCCGCUGACUGCGACGGCCCAACGCGCGUUGGAAUCGCUUCUCUUGUCGAAACAGUUCCGCAUGGUCAAGGGCCACAUCCAACAAGCCACGGAUAAACUGACGGAGAUUGCGGGCGAGGCGAAUGAGCGCGCCACUGAUGCGAGACAUCGGUUUAAUGCUAGCUCGAGUAGGGGGAAGAAGGCGACGAAGGCUGAAAUGAAAGCAACCACGGCGCAACUGGAGGAGCGCAUGCGCGGUCUCGUGGAUGCAGAGUACAAACUCGGUGGAUUACAUGCAGCGGUGCAGGAACUGACCCAAAACGCUCAGGCGGCCGGGGCCGCGUUGAAUGCGACACGCAGGCGAGCCAGAUUGCGAGAGAGAGUAGGCCGGCGGGAUGCUGAUGGGGAUGAAGAAAUGGAUGCCGCGGAAGACGAGGAGGACGAGGACGAGGACGAGGACGAGGACAUGGCGCCGACACUGGUGCCGAGUCAAGUUUUGGCCGAGAAACUCGAAACACAUAAAGCUCAAUGGGAGAGCCAAUCAUUGACGGAAAGAUAUUCUUCCAACAACACCUACGUUGGCUUCUACCGGAUUGUCCACGAUGCCAAACAUCCCGGCAACGAGACACCGCCAGUACCACAUCCGUCAACAUGGUUCAACCAUCUUGAACAACGACAAAUCCCCCCCGCAUCAUCAUCAUCAUCUCGUACCACUGCAGCAUUCAACAAUCAAGCGCGGCACCAAGACCGCGACGACGUAGAAAUCGAGCGCGAACGCAUCUCCCUCAAAUGCCCGCUGACACUACGCACAUUCGAAGAUCCAGUGAAAAACAGCAAGUGCGUACACAGCUUUGAGCGCAUGGCAAUUCAAGACAUGAUCAAGGCAAGCCCGAUGACCAUCCCCGCGGGACCCAACGAUUUCCAGGGAGGAGGAGCAGCUGGCAGGAAUGCUCGUGCUCGUCGUGUGCGCGCCGCCCCUUGCCCCGUUUGUUCGGAGGCGUUGACGUUGAAUGAUCUCGAGCCGGAUCUGGUUUUGUUGCGGCGCGUGCGGCGUGCACGAGCGGCGGAAUUGAGAGAGCAGGAAGAGGCGGAGUUUGGUGGUGGACGGAGAAAGGGGCUGCAUGGACGGUCGAGUGGGGUUACGAUUGACUCUGAUGAUUCUGAUGACGAUGAUGACGACGAUGACAGCGAGAGCGAGGAGGAUCGGGAAGCUCGUCAAGUGCAGGAGCAAGAGAGGAUUCGAAUCAAGAGGGAGCGCUCAUCCAGAGCGCCGACGGCUGCGGACGAUGAAAGUGAAGACAGUAACGAUUAG